GAGAGAGAGACGCAUGAGGCUAUAAAUCAGUAAAAACAGGAAAAGUGAUAACAGGAGGCAGAGAUAAAGGAAGGCAGAGAAGCUGGUGUAGGAAAAAAGAAACGGACAUGUGUGUGAAAGAACAGCAGGUGUAUUGGAGAGGAGCCUGGAUUACAGACAAGGAUCUUUUUAAAUUACAUUUUAUUUAAAGGAAGUUGCUUUUUUCCUUUCGACAGACGGCUUACCAGAACCUGCACAGGAGGACAAAAAGGAUGGGAUGUGCUUUCUUUUGCUCUGGGCCACAAAGUGGGUCAACACCUGAGAAGGAGAUGAAAGGAGCAGCAGAAACUGAGGCAGUUUUGUCCUACUGAAAGAGCACAAGAGGGGGGAGAGACAGACUGAGAAACUAGAGAGCAUGGAGAGAAUUAUAAAAAAACACCUUUAAUUUUUUAAGCCACUGAAAACAGACACAGUUAAUUCUUCCAAGUUGCUGCUUGUGGGCCGUGUACUUCACAAUGUGUAAACUCUAAAAUGUUCAAAUGUCAGACUAUUUUAAAUUUUAUUUGGAAACUAUUGGUGAGGUAAAUGGACUAUCAGGUGCUUUCUAACAUUUGAACAGCAUAAUUUUACAUCUUGACAAACAAACUUUCUAAACCCUAAACUGGUUUUACAAGCUACAUGUGGCCCAUUGUAAGGAAAUGUACCGUGCUUCUGGAAAUCUAGUCUCGUGACCAGCUGUAGCUUUCACUGGGAGGAGAAGCAGUGGAGUCAUUUAUUUUCUUUUUUAAAUGAAACUUCUCAACAUAAAUGCAUUUUGGGAUCUGUUUUCUUUUCUAUGACUCAGCCUUUAUUCAAGCGUAAAGAUAACAAAUCAUCUCUUGGCCUUAAAGUCCAUACAUUCCAAGUGAUCUACAGUAAAACGGGAGGUCAUCUCCUUCAUUCCUACACAUUCACAUCCACAGUAAAAGACUCUACUGGACUUCCACCAUGCAGACCUCAGGACCUGAGCACGAUGACUCUUUUGAUUUGCUGUUUAAGAUCAUCCUGAUCGGAGACUCUAACGUAGGAAAGACCUGCCUGGUUCAGAAUUUCAAGUCAGGGAUUUUCUCAGAGAAACAGCAAAACACCAUCGGAGUGGAUUUCACUGUACGGACCGUGGAUAUCGAUGGGAAGAAAGUUAAGAUGCAGGUGUGGGACACGGCAGGUCAGGAGAGGUUCCGUACGAUCACCCAGAGCUACUACCGCAGCGCUCACGGCGCCAUCAUCACCUAUGACAUCACGCGACGCCCAACCUUUGACUCAGUGGCUCACUGGAUCAAAGAGGUGGAGCUCUAUGGAGCAACCAAUGUAGUGCUGGUUCUCAUAGGUAACAAAUGUGACCUGGAGCAGGAACGUCAGGUUCGGUUUGAGGAAGCCUGCAAUCUGGCAAAGGAGAGAGAUGUACUAGCUGCUCUAGAAACAUCUGCAAAGGAGAGUCAGAAUGUGGAAGAAGCUUUCACCUUGAUGGCCAGAGAGCUGAUGUCUCGUAACGGUCUCACUGUCCAGCAGGGGGACUCAGAGAGCCACAGCACCCCUCGAGUUCUUCUCCGGGCCAACUCUCGGCCGGUUAAUGACAUAGCUGCCUACACGUCACCAGAGAAGAAGACAUGUUGCUGAUUUAAAUGUGGAUAGGACAGGGAAGAGGGUGAAGGACGCUUCUCUUCAUAAAUGUUGGAGAAGGGGAUGUCAUUACCCGAUCCGUACCGGUUUGUUCAGGUCCUAUGGGCCCCUGACCAAUUGACUAUCUCGAGGUCAUUGCCUAUCGCAACCAUCUACGCACGUCCGUAGAACAAAUCAGGUUUCCGGUACGCAUCAGGCUGCCACUGGGAAAUGGAAGCAGAUCCAAAGAUGCAUGGAUAUGGAAUAAGGCUGGAAAGGCCUCAAGGACCAUUAAUCUUCGCAUUGAGGAAGUUUAGGCAAUUUUUGGAAAGUAUUGAAAAAUCAAUUCAGUGUACUUUUUGUAGCUUAUACCUGACCCGAGAGAAUUGUUCAGCUGGUACUACAAGGACAAAGACCAAGCAUGUUUGAAUGGGGCUGGGGGGGUGGGGGGCAGUGGUGAUGGUUGUGAUCAGCUUUAGGUAAAGUUAGUAAACCAAUCUCAUUUAUAUCAACUAAUCCUGGAUUGUUUGACUGUUUUUAUUUUGUAAUAUAUAUUUAAGUAAUUUAUUUUUAAGUUUUCACUACCAAAAGUAAUCAAAAUCUGAAUGUAAAGACUAAGGCAUUAAUGCGGUGGUUACUUAGUUAUAUAAACAUUCCAAGCAUCCUCAACACCUGCUGCCCUCAACCAGGUUAUCCUUAACACAACGUUCUUUGUGUGGUAUUUUUUUGUCAAAAUAAUUCAUGCUUCACUCUGCCGGUAAAACUUUGGAAAAUCUGGCAGACUUUGAUUCUAUUUUAACAUAUAAGACUCUGAGUAUUUCACCCACCUCUUGUGGUGCCACUAUGAUGAGCUGUGAUCCUCUGCUGCUGCUGUUUGACUACACACUCAGAAAUAAAGGUACAGAAAAGUCAAAAGAAAAGGUACAAAUGCUCAUCGCUGGGGCAGUACCCCCAAGGGGAACAACAUUGUACCAUAUUAAUGGGUACAAAGAAGUACCCCUACAGUUUGUGCCUUUUAGGUACAAAUAUGUACCCUUGAAUAUGUUCCUUCAAGGGUACAAAUGGCUCGUCGCUGGGGUGGUACCCCCGAGGUAUACCAAUGGUACCCUUACCAUAGGUACAGAGUUGUACCCUUUUAUACCGUACCUUUUGAGAGACAAUUUUGUGCCUUAGCAAUACAUUUGUACCUUAAGCCACUGAUACAAAAUGGUACCCCAUUAGAUGGUACAAACCCUUUUCUUUGGAAAGGUACUUAUUUGUACUCAGCUGGAGACAUGUUUGUACCUUUGAUGGUAAAUUUGUGAAAUUUGUACCUUAAAGAACUUAAUUGUACCCUCACUGUACCUUUUUAUUUCUGAGAGUGCAUAAUAAAGUCUUACAUGGUCACAAAUGUACAUAUAGGAUGUGAAUGUCUUCCUUAAAUCAUCCUGUGGACUACCUAAUUGUGAACACUAGAGGGUACUGUGCUGCUACACAUGCUGUACUGUUGUACGGUUGGUUGCUCAUCAAGGUGAUUUAAAACAUCUGACUGCACCAAGAAACAAUUACCCACGUUCACAUGCAACCCGGUAAACAGGAAAUCACUUUUCAAAUCACCUGUAAGGCUGAAAUCCCUGCCAAGACAACAGUCAGACUUAAGUAACUGGGCUGACAAUGCUUACAUCCAGGAUAUAAAUCUCUUUGUUUCUCAUGCCAAGUUGGCAGGCCUAAUUUAAACACCAAUCUGGAAGUCAUGUAGUGAGACCUGUACUGAUUGUUAUUUUCUUACACUGAUACAGUUAAUCUGCUUUAAAGUGUAUUGGUUUAGUGAGUGGAACAAUCCAAGAGUAGCCUUGUCCUUUAUCCAACAUCUGACCACCAAUAAAUUAUCAAUAUGACUUUAACAACAA